CUUCGGCUGACGAACCCCGGAAUACCCUUUCCACUUCCCAUAUAAGGCCUUUUCUUUUUACUUUCUUUUAAGUUUCUUACUAUAUAUUGUGUUGAUCUCUUUUUAUUAUCUUCGCGCUUAUAUAAUCAAGUAUACUCCACACACACACACACACACACAUUCAAGCAUUCUUACAUAUCGCGCAUUUUAAGUUUGUGAGUUUUUUUUUUGCAAAGGGAACAAAAAGGUGGAUCAUUUUGAAAGAAUUUGUGACUAACUGAAUUCGGAACAAUCUCUUCUCUUGUGCUCUCCCUUUUUCCCUUGUUGUGAUUGCCUCAAAAGAAAAAAAAAGUCUCUCCACUGUACAUUAUAACAUCUUAAGAACGACAAAAGAAAGAAAGAAAAAAUGGCAUCCAACUUCCCUAUCCCUUCUAUUGCUGCUGCUGGAACGGCUCCUGCUGUUGGAACAAGCACCAAGCACAUUCCUGCUCCCUCGGCUAAUGCUACUCCGGUUCCUUGCACUCCCAGAUCGCCUUCGGCUCCCCACCGUCCCGUGACGGCCAUGGAGGAUACCAAGGAUGUCACUACCGCGGCUCUGGUCUUGCAAGAUGGAACUAGCUUCCAGGGUAUCUCUUUUGGUUCGGAAUCCAAGAGUAUCUCUGGUGAAUGCGUUUUCCAAACCGGUAUGGUUGGUUAUCCAGAGUCGUUGACCGAUCCUUCUUACCGUGGUCAGAUCUUGGUGUUGACUUUUCCCUUGAUUGGCAACUAUGGUGUCCCUUCGCGUGACGAGAUGGACGAGUUGUUGAAGGAUAUUCCAAAGUACUUUGAAUCAUCGGAAAUCCAUGUGGCCGGUCUCUUGGUGGGUAGCUAUGGUGCGGACUACUCUCACUACUUGGCCCAUUCUUCUUUGUCGGACUGGUUGAAGGAGAACGAUGUGCCCGCCCUUUACGGCAUUGACACCCGUGCACUGACCAAGAAGAUCCGCAAGCAAGGUGUGCUAUUGGCUAAAAUUUUGUUCCCCAAAAAGACCAUGACUGCUCUGGAUUCGGCCGCCGCCGCCCUUGGUUUGAGCUCUUCCAAGACCGAUUCUGCCUCCGAAAAUGCCUGGAUGGAGCAUUAUCAGGAUGUCGAAUGGGUCGAUCCCAACCAGCGUAAUUUGGUCGCUGAAGUCUCCAUUAAGGAACCCAAGGUGUACUAUCCCGAUCCCGCCAAGGCCAUCAAGACCGCUUCUGGCCGUACCCUGCGUAUCAUGGCCGUCGAUGUCGGUAUGAAAUACAACCAAAUCCGUUGCUUCGUCUUCCGUGGUGUCGAGCUCAAGGUUGUUCCCUGGGACUAUGAUUUCGCUUCGGAACCCGCGGAUUCUUAUGAUGGUCUUUUCCUUUCCAACGGUCCCGGUGACCCAACCAUGGUUGAAACCACUUUCCACCGUCUUUCCACUCUUCUCAAGGCCGGUAACAAGCCCAUCUUUGGUAUCUGUCUCGGUCACCAGUUGUUGGCCCUCGCUGCCGGUGCCAAGACCAUGAAGAUGAAAUACGGUAACCGUGGUCAGAACAUUCCUUGUACAAACAUGAUCUCCGGUCGCUGCUACAUCACUUCGCAGAAUCACGGUUAUGCCGUCGAUGCCGCUUCGCUUCCUGAAGAGUUUGAAGAGUUGUUCGUCAAUGCCAACGAUGGUUCCAACGAAGGUAUCAUUCACAAGUCGUUGCCCAUUUUCUCCGUCCAGUUCCAUCCUGAAUCCACCCCCGGUCCUCGCGAUACCGAAUUCUUGUUCGAUGUCUUCAUUAACACCGUCAAGGAAUGUGUCGAUCAGAACAAGUUGGUGCCCAUCAAGAUGCCCGGUGGUACCAAGGCUGAAAAUGUGCAAAAGAACCCUCGUGUCCAUGUCAGCAAGGUCCUGGUUCUCGGUUCCGGUGGUUUGUCCAUUGGUCAGGCCGGUGAAUUCGAUUACUCAGGUUCUCAAGCCAUCAAGGCGCUCAAGGAAGAAGGCAUUUACACCAUCUUGAUCAAUCCCAACAUUGCUACCAUUCAGACUUCCAAGGGUCUCGCCGACAAGGUGUACUUCCUUCCUGUGACCCCCGAUUUUGUGCGCAAGGUCAUCCAGUUUGAGAAGCCCGAUGGUAUCUACUGUACCUUUGGUGGUCAGACCGCCUUGAACGUCGGUAUCAAGCUCAAGGAUGAAUUCGAAUCCCUCGGUGUCAAGGUGCUCGGUACCCCCAUUGAUACCAUCAUCACCACCGAAGAUCGUGACCUUUUCGCUCAAGCCUUGUAUGAAAUCAACGAAAAGUGUGCUCAGUCCGCUUCGGCCAUCAACCAGGAAGAAGCUUUGGCCGCUGCCAAGGAAAUUGGUUACCCUGUGAUUUGCCGUGCCGCUUACGCUUUGGGUGGUCUCGGUUCCGGUUUCGCCAACAACGAGCAAGAACUCAUUGCCUUGUGUAAUAAGGCCUUUGCCACGUCUCCUCAGGUGUUGAUUGAACGUUCCAUGAAGGGCUGGAAGGAAAUCGAGUACGAAGUCGUUCGCGAUUGUCAAGAUAACUGUAUCACCGUGUGUAACAUGGAAAACUUUGAUCCCUUGGGUAUUCAUACUGGUGAUUCCAUCGUCGUCGCUCCUUCCCAGACCUUGUCCGAUGAAGACUACAACAUGCUCCGUACCACGGCUGUCAAUGUGAUUCGUCACUUGGGUGUGGUCGGUGAAUGUAACAUUCAGUACGCCUUGAAUCCCUUCUCCAAGGAAUACUGCAUUAUCGAAGUCAAUGCCCGUCUUUCGCGUUCUUCCGCUUUGGCUUCCAAGGCCACCGGUUAUCCCCUUGCCUUUGUGGCUGCCAAGCUUGGUCUCGGUAUUCCCUUGAACGAAAUCAAGAACAGUGUCACCAAGGUCACUUGUGCCUGUUUCGAACCCUCGUUGGAUUACGUCGUGGUCAAGAUUCCCCGUUGGGAUCUCAAGAAGUUCAACCGUGUCAGCACUGCCUUGAGCUCAUCCAUGAAAUCCGUCGGUGAAGUCAUGGCCAUCGGUCGCACCUUUGAAGAAACCAUCCAAAAGGCCAUUCGUGCCAUUGACUACAACUUCCCUGGUUUCAGCAAGAAUGAUAUUGCUGAUGGUGAAAAUUUGGAUGACGAAUUGAUGAACCCCUCUGACCAGCGUUUGUUCGCUAUUGCCAAUGCUAUGCACAAGGGUUACACUGUCGACCGUGUGUGGGAAUUGACCAAGAUUGACAAGUGGUUCUUGAACAAGUUGCAGCGUAUUGUCAACUUGGAAAAGCGCUUGGAAGGUUUCACCAAGGCCAACUUGCCCGGUAACCUUAUCCGUUCCGCCAAACAACUCGGUUUCUCGGAUCGUCAAAUCGCCACCAAGAUCAAUAGCAAUGAAUUGGCUGUUCGUCGCUUGCGCCAAGAGUACGGUGUCACUCCUUUCGUCAAACAGAUCGAUACAGUGGCUGCCGAGUUCCCUGCCUUCACCAAUUACCUUUACAUGACCUACAAUGCUGUGGAGCAUGAUAUUGACUUUGAAGACAAGGGCAUCAUGGUGUUGGGUUCAGGUGUGUACCGUAUUGGUUCAUCGGUCGAAUUCGAUUGGUGUGCUGUGCGUGCCAUUCGUACGUUGCGCGAAAAGGGUGUCAAGACAGUUAUGGUCAACUAUAACCCCGAAACCGUGUCUACCGAUUACGAUGAAGCCGAUCGUCUCUACUUUGAAAACAUCAACUUGGAACGUGUGCUCGAUAUCUAUGAAGUCGAACAUUCCACCGGUGUGAUGAUGUCCAUGGGUGGUCAAACCCCCAACAACAUUGCUCUUCCCUUGUACCGUCAAAACGUCAAGGUCCUUGGUACCUCUCCCGAGAUGAUUGACAAUGCCGAAAAUCGUUACAAGUUCUCGCGCAUGUGUGAUCGUAUUGGUGUCGAUCAGCCUCUGUGGAAAGAAUUGACCAGCUUUGAUGAAGCCGAAGAUUUCUGUACAAAGGUCGGUUACCCUGUUCUUGUCCGUCCUUCGUACGUCCUUUCCGGUGCGGCCAUGAACGUGGUCUCUUCCAAGGACGAUUUGGCUUCUUACUUGAAGGAAGCCGCCGCCGUGUCUCGCGAUCAUCCCGUUGUUAUCUCCAAGUACAUUGAAGAAGCCAAGGAAAUCGAAAUGGAUGCCGUUGCUUUGGACGGUAAAAUGAUCAUGCACGUCAUUUCCGAGCACGUUGAAAAUGCCGGUGUUCACUCCGGUGAUGCCACCUUGGUGUUGCCUCCUCAGGAUCUCGACCCCGAAACCGUGCGCAAGAUUGAAGAUGCCACGGCCAAGAUUGGUCGCGCUUUGAACGUCACCGGUCCUUUCAACAUUCAGUUCAUUGCCAAGAACAACGAAAUCAAGGUCAUUGAAUGUAACGUGCGUGCCGCUCGUUCGUUCCCCUUCGUGUCCAAGGUCAUGGGUGUCGAUUUGAUCGAAAUGGCCACCAAUGCCAUGUUAGGUCUUCCCGUCCAGCCCUACCCCAAGGUCGAAUUGCCCAAGGAUUACGUCGGUGUCAAGGUGCCUCAGUUCUCCUUCAGCCGCUUGUCCGGUGCCGAUCCCGUCUUGGGUGUUGAAAUGGCCUCUACCGGUGAAGUCGCUUGUUUCGGCAAGGACAAAUACUCGGCUUACCUCAAGGCCUUGUUGGCCACCGGUUUCCAGUUGCCCAAGAAGAACAUUCUCUUGUCCAUUGGUUCUUACAAGGAGAAGCAGGAAAUGUUGCCUUCCGUCAAGAAGUUGCACGAAUUGGGUUACAACUUGUUCGCUACCACCGGUACUGCCGACUUUAUCCAGGAACACAACAUCCCCGUCAAGCACUUGGAAACCUUGGAUGGCGAUGGUGAUGACAAGAUGAAGGCCGAGUACUCUUUGCAACAGCACUUGUCCAACAACUUGAUUGACAUGUAUAUCAACUUGCCUUCUCGCAAUCGUUACCGCCGUCCUGCCUCGUACAUGUCCAAGGGUUACCGUUCGCGUCGUAUGGCCGUCGACUACUCGAUUCCUCUGUUGACCAACGUCAAGUGUGCCAAGGUAUUUGUUGAAGCAUUGGCUCGCGCCACCGAUUUCGAUAUCCUCGGCGUCGACUACAAGACCAGCCAUACCAGUGCCACCUUGCCCGGUUUGUUCAACGUGAACAGCUACUUGCCCAAGACCGCCGAUUUCACGGCCGUCGCCAAGACUUCGCUGGAUGCCGGUUUCACCACCAUCUCUGCCAUUGCUCAAGACGUCAAGGAUGUCAGCUCGCUCGAACAUCUCGGUGAAGUCGCUCGCAAGGCUGCUCACACCGACUAUCUGUUGAACGUAACAGCAACUGCCGAUAAUGCCACUCACCUCGCUCCUGUGGCUUCGGAUUCCGCCGCCGUGUACAUCAACACGGACGAAAUUGGCAGUGGCAAGGUCUCUGUGUUUGACUCGGUGUUCUCUUCAUGGCCUAGCGAUCAGUUGGUGGUGACCGAUGCCAAGGGUACCGAUCUGGCUUCCAUCUUGUUGCUUGCUUCCCUGUACAACCGUAUCAUCCACGUUUCCAAUGUCAUGCACAAGGACGAUUUGAUUUUGAUCGAAAUGAGCAAGAAGAAGGGUCUCAAGGUGACCUGCGAUGUGGCGGUGUACGCCUUGUUCUUCUCGUCCGAGGAAUUCAACAACACCAAGUUGCUGCCUACCAAGAAGGAACAGGAAGCCUUGUGGAAGAACUUGGCCAUGAUUGACUGUUUCUCCGUCGGUUCCACUCCUGCCAAGUUGGCUGCUGAACUCGGUAAACCCGUGUCGGCUACCGCUGGUAUAAACGAAGCUCUUCCCUUGUUGUUGAAUGCCGUGUCCGAAGGUCGUCUCCAGUUGAAGGAUAUUGCCAAUCGCUUCUACGAGAACCCUCGCCACAUCUUCAACCUCGCUCCUCAGGCCGAUACUUAUGUGGAAAUCGAAGUGGAUCGUCAGCACGUGUGGCCCCACGAUGAAGCCAACUGGUCUCCUUUGGCUGGACGUAAGGUUCUUGGUGCUGUGCAUCGUGUGGUGAUGAACGAGAAGACCGUGUUCAUGGACGGUACCAGCAGUUCCGACGGUAACAUGGGUCGCGAUGUCUCAAUCCAAGCCCAGGCCGUGCAACCCAUUGUCAAGGAAGCCGCCAAGAUUGAACAGCAAGCCGCCACGCUCCCUGUGCCCGAAUUUGCUCACGAUAACAAGAUGCCCCGUUCCACCAACACUGAUUCCGUCAAGUUGGCCGGUGCCAUGGAUCAGCAAAUGGUGACCUUGCAACCUCCUACCUACGAGAUCUCGGCUUCGUUGGCCCGUGUCGUCAGCCGUUCGCCUUUCUACCGCAAGCACAUCUUGCGUUCCAAGCAAUUCGAUCGCAACGACUUGCACUUGUUGUUCGGUGUCGCUCACGAAAUGCGCAACCUCGUGGAACGCUAUGGUUCGAUCAAUUUGCUCCAGGGCCGUGUGAUGAGCACCAUGUUCUUUGAACCUUCCACCCGUACCUCGUCUUCCUUUGAAGCAGCCAUGUACCGUUUGGGUGGUCAAGUGGUCUCUGUGAGUGCGACGGCUUCGUCGGUGCAAAAGGGUGAAUCGCUUGCCGAUACCAUCCGUACUCUUGGCUGUUACGCUGAUGUCGUGGUCCUUCGUCAUCCUCAACCCGGCAGUGCUCAGUUGGCCGCCAAGUACUCCAAGGUGCCAAUCAUCAAUGCUGGUGACGGUAUUGGUGAACACCCUACGCAAGCCUUCUUGGAUACCUUUACCAUCCGUGAAGAAUUGGGUACCGUGAACGGAUUGACGAUUACUUUGGUUGGUGAUUUGAAGAACGGUCGUACUGUCCACAGUUUGGUCAAGAUCCUUGCCUACUACCAGGUCAAGUUGAACUAUGUGUGCCCCGAAGAACUUCCCAUGCCCAAGGAUGUCAUGGAAGAAGUCGAACGCGCCGGUAUUCAGCAGAACGUGUACCGUAGCUUGGAUGAAGUCAUUGGUGAAACCGAUGUGCUUUACAUGACCCGUGUGCAAAAGGAACGAUUCUCAUCCGAAGAAGACUACUUGCGUGUCAAGGACGCUUUCAUUCUCAACAACGAUGUGUUGAGCAAGGCCAAGUCGCAAAUGAUCGUGCUUCAUCCUUUGCCUCGCGUCAAUGAAAUCGAACCUGAAGUCGAUUUUGACCAGAGAGCCGCCUACUUCCGUCAAAUGCGCUACGGUCUUUACGUCCGAAUGGCCCUGUUGGCCCUCGUCAUGGGAACCUUCAGAGGUUAAAAAAAUUACUUGUAGAAUACGUUGUUUAUUAGUUUCAUUUCUUGCUUUCUUUUUCAUUUGCUUUUCUCUUUUAAAUCAUUCUUUUUUCAAAUAUAAUAUCAUUGUGUGGAGUAUACUCUUA